UCAAAUGAACAAGGCAAGAAAAUAACAGAAUCCCACUUUUCAUAUAAACCAAAAUAAUUAAAAAAAAACAGCGAGAGAGAUAGAGAGAUCUGUUAAUAAUUAAAGAUUGUUAAUAAUGGCAAAGAAAUUCAACUUACCAUCUCUAGUGACAGUGGCGUCGCUAAUUGUUCUGUUUUCAUCGCUAAAUCUGAUUCAAGUAGCCGAAGCAAUAUGGCUUACAAUUCCUAGUUCUGGAACAAAGUGUGUUUCCGAGGAGAUCCAUAACAACGUUGUCGUUUUGGCUGAUUUCUAUGUUAUUAAUGAUGAUCACCCUGAGAAUACACCUGCUGUCUCUGCUAAAGUAACAUCUCCAUACGGCAAUAACCUUUACCAUAAAGAAAAUAUAACCCAUGGUCAGUUUGCAUUUACAACUUCAGAGGCUGGUAACUAUUUGGCAUGUUUUGGGCUGGAAAAUCAUCAGCAACAAGCUGGAACUGCAACUUUGAGCCUAGACUGGAAAAUUGGGAUUGCAGCUAAAGAUUGGGAUUCAGUGGCGAAAAAGGACAAGAUCGAGGGGGUUGAACUUGACCUGAAGAGACUUGAAGGAGUAGUGGAAGCCAUUCACAAUAAUCUAAUCUAUCUCAGGGAAAAGGAAGCGGAGAUGAGGGAAGUGAGCGAGAAGACUAAUGCUCGAGUUGCCUGGUUCAGUAUCAUGUCCUUGGGUCUAUGCAUUGCUGCCUCAGGUCUUCAGCUGUGGCACUUGAAGCGCUAUUUCCAAAAGAAAAAGCUAAUCUAGAUUUGUAUACUUUUUCUAGUGUUUUUGAUGGAAAACUGUGUUUUUAAUGACUAUCAUAUUCAGUUCCAUCCUGUGGUCAGCAAAGAGUAAAAUAGAUACGAAAUAGUUGGAAUUGCUUCAAGAAAGAAGGCCUAUAGAUUUUGAGUUUUGGUUGAAAAACCAAAAUAAAAAUAGACUAGAAUUGCAAGUUAAUCUUGAAAAUCUUUUAUUCUUGA